UAACUUUCUUACCGUCGUGUAAUAGCAGCAAGAUCGCCGAGUUCGGUCAUUACAAUGCUCACGAUGGGUUCACAACAGGAAUAAGUACACGAAUGGGUUUCCAAGCUGAACGGUCCUACUUUCCGCCAUAGUUAAGAUUUGAAAUCUUCUCGUAAUGUACCACCACGGCAAAAGCGCAUCUUUGCCACAUCCUGUUGGUCAGGCUAUCUAUCAAUUCGUGCGAUCUUUCGUAUGAGAUUUGCAUGCGAAAUGGGUUGCUCUUUGUGGAGUAGUCAAAUGUAUGGUUUUUGAACAAGACCCAACAAGGACGUCCACAUGGACAUGGCAUGAAAGGCAAGCUGCCGUGGGAGGCAGCACAGAUAACCCGGCGGUAUUGUUUCAACUUGGCUUAAGCGGAAUUUUCUCAACGCAAGUGGGCGUAAAGGCGAGCACCUGAGUCUGCCAAGACGCUAAACCCGAUAAGCAAUGUCCUCCACCCACAAACGAAAAAGCUGACCUCUAGAGCACCCAGUCCUUUCUACGAAGCAAAAAACCACAAUCACCACCAGCGCAAGAAAUUGCUGACAAAACUCACUUGAGGACUCCAAUUCACUUGGACGAAUCGUCAAGGCAAUCAACGCGCUUCCUAUAGUUUUACACUUAUUCGUAACAAUGUCGGACACCGAACUUGUCGAGAGCGGUGCAGGCUCGCAAAUCCUACCGAAGGACGUUGUUGCUGAGAUUGGUGAGACCAAGCUCUUCAACAAGUGGUCCUAUGAUGGCGUUGAGAUCCGUGACAUCUCGCUGACGGACUACAUCCAAAUCCGCACACCUGUCUAUAUCUCCCAUUCCGCCGGUCGAUAUGCAGUCAAGCGUUUCCGCAAGGCGCAGUGCCCAAUCAUUGAGCGUCUUACCAACUCCCUCAUGAUGAACGGUCGCAAUAACGGCAAGAAGCUUAUGGCCGUUCGAAUCGUUGCACACGCCUUCGAGAUCAUCCACAUCAUGACAGAUCAGAACCCCAUCCAGGUCGCUGUUGAUGCCAUUGUCAACUGCGGUCCGCGAGAAGACAGCACUCGUAUUGGUUCCGCAGGUACCGUUCGUCGCCAGGCUGUCGACGUUUCUCCUCUCCGCCGAGUCAAUCAAGCCAUUGCUCUUCUCACUAUUGGUGCUCGUGAAGCUUCUUUCCGUAACGUCAAGAGCAUCGCUGAGUGCUUGGCUGAAGAGCUAAUCAACGCUGCAAAAGGAAGCAGCAAUUCUUACGCGAUUAAGAAGAAGGAUGAGUUGGAGCGUGUUGCCAAGUCUAACCGAUAAGUGGCCUUCGCGCUAUAUUGCAUACUGGGGUUUUGGGGUGGGAUAUGGUACAUGGACAGGCAUGGCGUAUCUUCUAGGAAGUUGAGGAAUUCCUUCGACCAACUCAAGCUUUGCAUUAGAAUUACCAGGAGCCUAGCUCCGACAUGAGCAAAAAAAUUGUCGCCGUCAUUACAAACAUGCACCCGAAUAUUUUUCAUUUCUCCAAUCUCAUUUGGAUAAUUGCUGGCUAGGAAUGCAUUCUUGACAUCGGCGCAGGCCGAGAAUGGGAAGCACAAUAUUCAUUCCUAGAAGCGUACAGCCUCAUAGUCGAUGCAAGCCAUUGUCGUUGUACAAGAACCAAACCCGUCCGUUAGCUCUUCGUCGGGAGCGAUGGCGGUAGAAUAUACUUGGCGAAUGGCUAUUCCGAGUUGUGAGCGGAGGCUGUCUCCAGUUAGAACUGUCUGGUCGACACGUAAUAUGUGCCAACUGAUCGAUUUUCUCCAUUGGUCAGCAAAAUAUUUCAAGGAAAUGUUGCCGUGGCAGUAGGGCAAAAGAGAGAGAGAGAGAGAGGUAUUGUAAGGCGAGACUUCUAAAGCCUGUCACUGAUGGGAGCUUCGCUGUUAUCUAUCCAUUCAGUCCAUAUACGGCAAGAAAAGUGGAUGGAUAAACCAACACAUUGGAAUCACUCCAUCACGAAUCACCAUCCCAAAUACCCAGAGAGUCAACGAACAUCUGGCGAAGAGAUAGGGGUCAAAAACAAGUGUAACAAAUGUGUUAGUACUCCCGACGGGCUUCUAGGGAAAAGACUGUACGUCAUCUGCAUCAUACUUCGUCAAUGGCUCAUUCGCACGUAGAAUUGUCACUCUUGGCCAGCUUGAGAAAUGAAAAGUUGCUGCAGCACAGCAUUGGA